AUGGAUGUUGGAGAUAAUAAGUUAACGGGACCCAUCCCUCAAUGUUUCCAGAAGUUGGAAGGAAUGAUGGGAGGCAACUCCAAUCUUUAUUUUCCCGGUGGGUUCGAGCAGAGUUUGGUUCAGGUAAUGAGAGGAGUCCAAGUCGAUUACACAACCAUAAUGCUAUACGUUAUCAACAUGGACCUUUCCAGCAAUAAUCUGGUUGGGGAAAUACCUGAAAACUUGCUACUUCUUUCUGGAUUGUUGGGUCUUAACUUGUCAAACAAUCACCUCACGGGUCGGAUUCCUGAUAGAUCGAGUAUAUCAUCAUUGACGUUUCUUAGUCAUCUGAAUUUGUCAAACAACAACUUAUCAGGGCGAAUUCCAACAGGAAGUCAGCUCCAGACGCUCAUUGAUCCAUCCAUUUAUGCUGGCAAUAGCGAGCUUUGUGGUAGUCCACUAUUGGUCAACUGCAAUCGUGAUCAAGUCCCAGAAAAUGGUGGAAAUGCUCAGGAAGAUGAAGGCGAUGAUGAUUCUGAGAAGAUAUGGAUUUACUCUGCAACUAGCGGUUUCACGACGGGGUUUCUGGGAAUUUUGGGGAUUCUGGCGCUUAAGGACAGGUGGAGAGUUGCUUUAUUUAAUUUUAUUGGAGGUUGCAUUGGCAUGAAACUGUGA